UCAAUACAAAAAUAAAUCACGUGCUGAUUGUUUUAUAAUUUAAGAAAAGAAAAGCGCCUUUGCUCUUAUUAAAGUGUGCUUCUUCCGUCUUGCUAUUGUUAAAUCUACCUUUAUUUAGGUAAAAUGACGCGGUUUAUAAAACACAUUUAUUUAAAAAUUUAAGUACACAGACGCUAAAAAUGACUUCCGUAUAUCUAACAGAAGAUGAAAUACGAGAGAUAGAGGAUAUCUUUACUGCAAGGAGGAUAUGUGACCGGCACAAAGUUGUGUACGACAAUGGAGACAGCCUCGAUGAACUUCUAGAAAAAUUGACACUUAAGAGUAUGACUUUGGAACAGUCAGAGGAGUUUCCGUCCCUAGAUGAAAUUGACAGUACAGAAGAUUUGUUUGGUGCUGUAGAAAUUUGUGAAGAUCACAAUGUUCAAUACGACGAACUCGAAGAGACUAAUGAGAUAAAAGAAAGAUUGAAGCUGGAGUACUGGAGAAGGAAGGGAAUCUCCGUGAAAAAAGAUGUUCAAGAUGCCAUGCAAAGAACCAGCGAUGAGGAUGCGAAGAAACGACUGAGGCUUACUCAAAUGUUUGAAGAACUGGUACAAAUAAUUGGUGCAAAAGAUGAAUCGAAGAGGAUUGAAUUGGUAAAAGACUUGUUACAAAAAGAUAAAACCUCCGGAAAUCUUCUUGGCGACUGCGAGUCGAACAUAGAAAGUCUGAACGAAAGGGAGUGUGUGAUAUUAGUCGCAGGUGAAACUUCUGCAGGAAAAUCUAGCUUUUUAAACUUACUUUUGGGCAGCGAGUUCCUUCCAACACACACAUGCAGUUGCACAUCGUCCAUAACAACACUUAGAUAUGGAACACAGAAGCAAGCUAGAAUUAUUUACGGGGGACCUGGAUCCAAGGUUGAUGUUAUUGAAAACUUGGAUAAAGAAGGAAUGGAGAAACUUUACAGUAUAACAUUCAUGAAAGGAAAAGAGCGAGAAGAAGGACACGAUGUCAAGGAAGUUCAAGUCUACUUACCUAUUGAAUUUCUUAAGUGUGGAAUAGUCCUUGCAGAUACACCUGGUAUAGGGGAGAAUGAAUUCCUAGAAUCAUACUUAAUGGACUUUAUAUCAAACAAUCAGAUUUUAGGAUUUGUUUACAUCAUCUUUUCCGAUUCUGCCGGCGGAGUCCAGGAAGACAGACUUCUCCUUUUACUGAAAAUGAUUAUUGAACAGCAAAAGAAGAACAGCAAAGCUUUAAAAUUUGAUCCAAAGGCAGCUCUGUUUUUAGCAAACCGAUUUGAUGCUGUACCUGAAGAAAGUCGAGAGAAAGUCAAAAAGCAUAUACUUGGACAGCUUGGGAAAUACUGGCCUGAGUUUGAAGAAUCGAUGGCAGUUUUCUUUUCAACAAAGAAGGCAUUAAGAGAUGUUGACGCGCACCCAGAUUACAUUAAUGAAGAAUACAAAACAUUGCUAACAGGAAUUAGCAAUCUGUUCUCACUAGCAAUGGACAGACGAAUCAGAUCAUCCUACAAAUGGAUAGAGGCAGUGUUACAGAGAAUCAACCACUAUUUGAAGACAACUGUAACAAGUUUAGGUAUGACACAGAGGGAAAAUCAAGACAAAUCAUUGAGACAGGAAUAUAAACUACAGAACCUGAAGGAACGAUCUAAUACGGUCAUUAGUGAACUUACAGCGGACAUUGCAGAACGCAGUGAACACAUUAUCGAAGAGGUCCAGCGCUACCUUUCAACCCCACAAGCGAAAUUUUUGCUAUGUUCGGUUUGGAGAGAAGAAGAAAUUCCAAAACUGGAAGAUAAGAUAACCGACCAGCACCAUUGGCAUUGGGUGAAACAGCGUAUAGAUGAGGCUUUCUACGACAGACUUUGUAACGCUAUCGAAGAAUGGGAUGACGAGAAUUGUAACGUAUCUAGUAUUGAGGCGGAAAUUGUAGAAAAUAUCAAAUCAAAGCUUGGAGUUCUACAGGAAGAAAUUUCAGAAGUUGAGCAUGAUCUUAGGUCAACUAAUACCUCAACUGGAUCAACAGAGUCUAGGUCACGUAGACUGACUAUGGUGAUGUCUCGUUCACCAAUGGUAGAUGUACCAUUGAAACUCGCCCUGAAUAUGCAACAUCGCAUCUCAAACAAUACAAUCGGGAAAAUGAUGUAUCGAAGAGAAUCAGAGAAAUUUGAGAAAGACCCACACGCUUGGGCAAAGAAAAGAGCAGAAAAACUAAUGGAAAAACUUCUAAAGAACACUGCCAAGAAUAAAUCAAAACAAGGAAUGCUGACGCAACUAGUUGAGCAGCUUAUGCAACGUCCUAGGGAUAUUGUGAUGAGAUUAGAACUACACAUUCCUAGCAUCAUCGACACUAAUCUACAACUUCUCAAUUCUCUCCAACAUUUGGUUCUAUCAGAAGGCAGACAUGCCAUCAAAUACGAACAAAUGAUGGUUCUUAUAGAAGGUCUGAAACAAUCUUUGAUGAAUUACGGCGAAGGGUAUAUUUUUGUCAAUGAUUUUAAAUCAAACGAAAUAAAAGUAUUACAAGAUACACCAACUGGUCAAAGUCUUGCACAGACCUUUAGAUUUAGUGAGCUUGUCACCGGAAGAUCUACAGCGAAAAGUCAAUUUGUGAAAGCAGUUCCGCAGGGUCUGUGGACAGUUAUUCGUCCAGGCACACUUCAUCGAGACGGAAAAGAGAGACAAGUGUCGAUUAAAAUGUACAUGCCAUCCUCCGGUGUCAGUCAUACGUUUCAGGAGGUAGCAAAAUUGAGAUGUCUCCUGCAUAAAGAUGUAUACUUGGCGGAAUUUCUUGGUAUUCAUCACACUGAGGCAGUGACACCUGCGUACAUAUUCAAUGGUCAUUUACAACCGCUGCAGAAAUUUGUUCUUGACUGCACAAAUCCAAGAAGUCAUUUUCCGAGGUUGUUCCGGGAGAUAGCCGACGGGGUGCACUAUCUGCACUCAAAAGGAAUGGUGCAUAUGGAAUUAAACAGUUCUACUGUCACGGUCACAGAAUCUGGAGAAGUACGCAUGACAGGGGCUUGUGUUCCUAGACACGCAACGCUACCUCUUGAUAAAGAAAAUACAGUGUCUGAUUUUGUCUACCUUGCACCAGAGGUCUUAAAGAACGAGCUGUACAUUACACCAGCUGACGUCUACGGAUUUGGUCUUCUUGUAUAUGAGAUUGUGAGUGAAAGGAAGGCGUUUCAAGAGCAGAGAAAAACAACAUUCAAGGAGUUCGUAGAAAGGAUCAGUCCGGUGACUAUGUUACAUCUCAAUACGCAUGCGCAGAACUGGUUAUCCGAAAAUGCGUUACUGGUAGUCAAACAAUGUUUGGAGAUCUCUGAAAACAAAAGACCAAAUAUGAACGUUGUAAUAGAAAUGUUAGGCAAUAUUAAAAGUGAUUUUAAGCCAGACCUGACAGGCAGAAGAAUGACAGAAAUGCAUACACCUGGAGAGGUAUUCAGACGAUCCAGAGGGAUGGAAAAGAACACGCAUUAAUGUUAGUAAGCUAGUAGCCGUGUUUAAAAUAGACGAUAUGAAGUUUAACUUCUUGAACACUAAACGAAAAAAGCGUCUCAGACGGUCGACUUAUUCAUCUAUCUUUUGGAUUUAGUACAGUAGUGAAACUAAUGGUACAAACAGUUGUUGUUACUUUAAAACUUGAACUUUACAUUGCAUCGUAAUUCGUCAAUGACUUUUAUCUACAUUACUGCUUUUGAAAAAAAAACUGGCACACAUUUAUAUGCACAUAUCUACUAUUAACUUAUGCAUUGCAUCACAUUCAUAUAAAGUAUCGUGCAAUUUAUUAAGAGUUAUCCAUUUAAAUCAUUUGGGGAAAUAUAUGCUACAUGGAAAAAUUAACAUCUGCACAAGCAUUCGUCUAAAACUUUCGUACAAGUGUAUGAAUGGGAGGUAUUCACUUAUUAGCACAUAAAUUAAAUGGUACAUUAUGUAGUACAUUAUAUACAUUAUGAAUGCACAUUAUAGUUACUGCUAUUGAUGUUAUUCGUUAAAUAUUUCUGUGUUGUGUAUGUGUAUGUGCUUGCAUGCUAGGGAGCAUUUAGAGGUUUCGUGUGCGCGUGCGUGCGCGCGCGUGUGUGUGGAACCUUUCCUUCGGUUCAUGACGUAAGAAUUGUUUUCUUCAAAGACAUACUGCUUUAGUCGCAAUAUUUCGCACAAUAUAAUACAAAUGAAUGUAUAAAUGCUGUAAAAUAAACAUUGUUGUUCAACAGA